CACACCCACAGCCCGGCUCAUCGCCCUCCCCAAACGAGGCCGGUCCUUCCUGGGCAAGGCAGCCUUGGCUGGGGCGCCUCCCGCCGUGCCCACAUUGCUGCGCAGCGCCCGGGCCGCGGAGGGGAGACCGGGGGUUCAAGGCUCGACGCCCGUCGCAGAGGGCCAGGCGCGUUGGCCGACCAGACGCUCCUGUUGGUCCACAUCAUCAGCACAGAGAACAAAGCCUCUCCCUGCUGCUUCAGCCCAGCCACUGGUAUUCAGCGGACUCCUGUCUCUGAACACCUGUAAUCUUCUACCACAAACUUUGGAACCAGACGCAGAAGAAAUCCUCCAAGCACCAUGCUGUCUCUAAGCUCAGUGAAAGAUGGCGUCAUUGUACCCAGUGAAGAAGACCGGAAGAAAAUUCUCACGCAGAUGAAAGUGCGGACAACGCUGAGGAGUGACAAGAGCUGGAUCCAGAAGAAAUCAGACUUGGAGGAGGAGAAGAAUCACAGUCCAUUACAUUCGCCAGUAAGGAGCAGGAAGACCAGCGAGAGAUCUCCUACCUCACCAAAAGUUUCACCUCUAAAUCACAGGGCAGUCUUUGAGGAACUAUCAUCUCAAGCUGAACCACAGUCCCCUCUGGCAAAUAAACCUUCCAAAAAGUCCCACAACACAACAGCAUCUUCUGGUUAUCUCAUCAGAGGAGUUUUUACCAAGACUAUUGAUAAGAGUGCUCCUUCACACACAGUCCCCAAUGGUUCACAGAAAAGCGACAAGAGCGCCAGCCUGCCCCGCUCCUCUUCUGGGUACAAGAUGUCAACGGAGGAUUAUAAGAGACUAGCUCCUUACAACAUCAAGCGAGACACAAUAUCAGAUCACGUGGAUCCCCCUGUUUCUCCAGAUGAGCAACAAAAGAGAACUGAAGCAGCGAGCAGUAUACUCCGGCAAACAGCCCGCAAGGAACGUUCCUAUGUCCUUUCAGCUGCGAAGAAAAGCAAUGGAAGUGCAGCACAAGAAGUACCAUCUUUCAUGGCCAAAAGGGUUGAGAUUGAAGAUGAUACAGGCCCGCGCUCCAGAAGUCAGACAAUGCCAGCUUCAUCAUGGAGCAGUAGCCGUGAGAAGAGCACUACUGGGGAAAGAAGGAUCGUGUCGGGGUCUCCCUGGAGUGACCAGAAAAUAUCCAAUGCUGCUUCUACCACCAGCAUUGACAGAGGCAGCAGGACCCAAACUUCCAAGCAUUAUUCUGAAUACUCAUCAGCAUUCAACCACUUCACAUCUCUGGAGAACAGUAACAAGCUGGAUCAAGAGAAGCUCAAUCUGACUUCCUGGGACGACUCCACUCCAAAGGUCUCUGGUUCUCCUCCAAAGAGAAGUGAGAAGAAUGGAGGAAGAUUCCUGCCCACAUCAAACUCUGAAAUGCAAGAUUCCACUUUUUCUGAGGACAGGACCAGCUUUCGUUAUCGAACCGGAGAUGCUGGCCAUGCAGCAGAGGCCCACCAUCGAUCCAAGACUGGAGAACACCUGAAUGAUAACGGUGCUGACUCCGCAAGAUAUGCUCCAGAUCAUGAAGAGGGAAGCUUCUCCAAAGAAAUCAAAUAUGAGAGCCCGAGUUCAAGAGUCACAGAGGACCAGCCAGUCACAGCAAAGUCUCAUUCUUUUGCUAAAGACAGUGCAGAUACACUCAAUGGGGAGAGGUACAGUGCAGCCACCCCCGUCAGCAAUGACCAGGACAUUGACCCAAAAAGAUCUUUUUCUGGUUUGGAGUGGAAAACCACACAAGAAGAAGCAUAUGAGAGCCCAAGUGAGACAGAUUAUAAAAAAGUGGAAGCUCGCCCAGCAAACUCCGGCUCAUGGUCUAGUCAAGGCAUUCUUAGCACUGCUGGUACCCAAAUUGAGCUCCCAAGAGCUGCCCAAAGUGAGGAGUCAGAGUUGGAGACCGCCAGCUCCCUCUUCUCCGAGAACAGCAUUGCCACUCCAGAGAGCCAACAAGGAGAACAUGGGUCAGACUCAGAUACUGGCAGUCUCUCCAGAAGGGCUACUUUUGGCAUGUUGGAAAGCAAUUAUAGGAUGCCAGCUGAUCUGGACCACCUAGCUUGCAAACGCAGUGCCUUGGCGAGUGGCCAUAGGACAUCGUCAUAUCUGGACCGCCCAUCCUACUACACCAGCAGGACAAGUUGUGGGAUGCCAUUUUAUCCGAGCAACCAACCGUACAACACUAACAUGUCGGAGAUGAAUCAUAGGAUGGCAUCAUACCUGAACAACCCAGCUUUUGGUAGUGGAAGGUCCUACUCCACUUCUAGAGACAGCCAGAUUACCAGCUCAUUGAGAAGUCACAGAAUGCCUUUCUACAAGGACAUCUGUGAUGUAGAGACCAGGAGAUAUCUGCCAGGGUUCGAGGAGAGAGCUGCAUUCACUUCCAGUAUCUCAAGCACUUCCUCUUAUCUCAGGAACCCCUCAGCUUCUGGCUAUGAGUCGGAUCCCACCACAUCGAGCAAAGGCCUCCUCUUUGUGAAGGAAUCCAUCAACAGCACAGAGCUGUCCUCCUCACCACGCUGUAACAGCCGCAGCCUGGUUGACUUGUCUACACUGGAGAGAUCAAACUACAGCACUGGCAGCUGCCUGCAGAGCAGCCCACCCAUGAGGCCCUCUGAAGACAUCUGCACUUCCUGUGGCCGGGAGAUUCGCAAUUGUCCUAAGAUAAAAAUCGAGAAACUGAACAUCUGCUGCCACGAAUUCUGUUUCCGGUGUGGGAUUUGCCACAAACCAAUGGGAGACCUGCUGGACAAAAUCUUCAUUCACCGCGACAUCGUCCACUGUGACAAAUGCUAUGAGAAACUCUUUUAGGAUUUCCCAGGUCAGAAAAGGCAGCUAAAGAGAAGCCUGCCUGCAGCCUCACCAUGAGCCGGGAUAUUUUCAGUGCCUUACCAGCAUUUGUUUUGUUCCCGUGAUUUAUCUUUUACCACCUUUCCCCCAGGGGAAGUGAUUCAUGUCCACUAGUUUACUGAAUAAGGGCAGAUCUUGACAAACAAACAAACAAAAUAGGAGUACCUACCAAAGAAACAGCUGAAAUCCUCAGGUGCUGAGCAGAUCUUUUGUUUUCAGGGAGAUUUGUGGGUGUCCAGCAAUUCUGAGAAACCAGGCGCAGAAGAAGACCCCCCCGGGAGUGCCUCCUGACAGAUUUUCCUUUGGCUUUAUCACUGCUGCCACGGAACUCUGAAUCUGACUGGAGCAGUGGCUUGGGCUGUGUGUGGGAUGCUUAACUCUUUCCCCUAUCAAAAUCACUCUCCCAAACUGCUUUUCUCCCUGCAAAGGAAAAAGAUAUAUAGUAUAUUUAUACAGUAUAUAUAGUAUAUUUUGGCUGGCAACUGUGCUUGGAAGCAGAUAUGUUAGACCUUUUCUCUUUAAUCUCUUUGACACGGCCUGUGUCUGCAAUAUUAGUCUUUGCCCAUAGCCCCGAUAUGAAAACAGAGUAUUGGGCAGUCUUGCAGUAGAACUUAGAGCAGGAUUGUGACCUUUGACCUUUAUGCUGCCGUGCCUGUUUGACAUGUGAUGAUUGACAGCACCAAGAAAUGAUUGGUGUGCGGAUCUCCAGUGUCCUUUCUCUGAGCCUUGUACCACCUUGUAUCGCAGCCUGCACCGAUCCUAUACAUGCACAUUCAAGAACCAUGCACUGAUGUGGGGACUUGAUUUCUGCUAUGAUAUAAGCAGACUCAGAUUAGCCGUGUUAAGUCUAUUGCAGAAAAAUGAAAUGGUGAUCCAGUGGCACCUUAAAUAUGUAUUCUAGCUAUGACUCCAGAAGGCUCAUGCUGAAUUAAAUUUAAAAUGUGUCUGGACUCCUGUCUUAAUAAGUAGACCCAAAUGAUAGCAAUGUGCUCACAGCUUAGGUGGCUCCGAUUUCAUGUCCCAGUAAAGUGGGCCCAUUUCGCUCCCUCCAUGGAUCUUCACACAGGCUUGAACCCUUUUUGCAUAUAUGAAAUCAACCAUCCUGAGUCUCAGCUGAUAUCACCUGAAACCAAGUGCUUUUCAACAGAGUCGAGCUGCGCAUCCUGCUGUGAGCCACAGAGUACACAGGCGUACACAGGUGUUGGUUGUGCACUUGUGAACUAGCUCAGCUUGGCUCUGUUUAUCUUUUUCUAAUCAGGCUUCCCAGGAAUAAAAGUGAUCUAACUCUAGCAGAACUGUUUUGAAGAAAGUGAGAUACUGAUUGUUAAGCCCUUUACAAAGGAGAAAUUAAAAUACCCUCUACCACCACACGAAUGUUUGUUUUCAAGACAAAGCUUUGAUCUCCUUUCAUUUGGUCGUUAGAUCUUUUCAAGGUAUCUCCAGAUAUCCAAAAUUACCAGUUCAUAGGAUGAAAUGACUGCAUACUACCCAGUGUUUGAUAAAAUACUUGUUUCAGCAACUUUGAUGAGGCCUCUUGUUUGUAUCCUUGGUCAAUAUUUACCUUUCAGCUGACUUCCUUUCUGCAGCCUUCCCUCUCCCCAGGUUCCAAAAGGUGUUUUAAAACCUGUGCGUGUUUUACCCAGCAAUGGGUGAAAUUUCAGAAGUUGACUGAUGGAUUGUUUGGUUUCCUCAAUAACACACGUCAUCCUAAACUGUUUUGGGAAGGGACCGUUAGGAGGGGUGGUAUUAUAGAUUUUUGCUUUGUUGUCUUGGUUUGCCAGUCUGUUUUCUUUGCAACAAAUUCUUAACCUCCACAUACAAUUCUAAUAAACAUUGAAAUGUUGUAU